UGGGACCCACAUGGUAGAAGGAACUGGCCCUUAUGAGUUGUCCUCUGACCUCUACACACGUGCUCUGGUAUGCUCGUGCACGAGCAUGUGUCAACACACACACUCUAAAUAAAAAUGAAAUAAACAUUUAUUUUAGAACUUUAGUUUUAUGUGCAUGUACAGGAAGAACCGUGUGGAACAUCAUCACUCUGCUGCCGAGACACUGAUUCUCUUGCUGUGUCUGUUCCUGUCGUAGUUGGUGGUCAGGCCCAUGCUGUUGGCAUGCUGGGUGCUUCCCAUGGUGCACACGGUGCUCCUUCAGUCUCCACUCUCUCCUCAGAAGGAGAAAAAAGAAAGUUCCCCUGCACUACCCUGAGUUUGUUUCCUCAGGGUUCAGUGACGUUCAGGGAUGUGGCUGUGGAUUUCUCACAGGAAGAAUGGGAAUUCCUGGACUCUGCCCAGAAGAGUCUGUACCGGGACGUGAUGUGGGAGAACUACAGCAACUUCAUCUCGCUGGCAGGACCUUCCAUUUCUAAGAGAAAUAUGAUUACCUUACUGGAUGAAGAUGGGAAGGAGCCCGAGAUAGUUGUGAAGGAAGGGAGAAGACAUUGUCCUGAUUUGCAGUCCAGAUUCAAGACCAAUACUUUAUCUGCAGACAAGGACAUUUAUGAAGUAUAUUCAUUACAAUGGGAGUUGAUGGAGAAAAUUAAAAGCCACAGUCCUCAAGGUUCUGUUCUUAAAGAUGAUUGGGAAUGUGAAAGCAAGAUUGAGCGACAAAAGGAACCACAGGGAGGUUAUUUUGGGCAGGUGAAAAUUACCUCUGAAAAAAGCACACACAAAAAGCACAGUUUCCUUGCUGAGUAUCAGAAGGUUCAGAAUGGAGAGAAGUUCUAUGAGUGUAAAGAGUGUAGGAAGACCUUCAUCCGCCGCUCAACGCUGAGUCAACACUUGAGAAUCCAUACUGGUGAGAAACCUUAUAAAUGCAAGGAAUGUGGGCAACCCUUCAGACAGCGUGCACACCUUAUUCGACACCACAAACUUCACACUGGUGAGAAGCCCUAUGAGUGUAAGGAAUGUGGGAAGGCCUUUACAGUGCUCCAAGAACUCACUCAGCAUCAGCGACUCCAUACUGGGGAAAAGCCGUAUGAAUGCAAGGAGUGUGGAAAGGCCUUUCGGGUACAUCAGCAGCUGGCUCGACAUCAGAGGAUCCACACUGGGGAGAAACCCUAUGAGUGCAAGGACUGUGGGAAGACCUUUAGACAGUGCACACACCUCACUCGACACCAAAGACUUCACACUUCUGAGAAGCUGUAUGAAUGUAAGGAGUGUGGAAAAGCCUUCGUGUGUGGCCCUGACCUUCGAGUACAUCAGAAAAUCCACUUCGGUGAGAAGCCCUAUGCAUGUAAGGACUGUGGCAAGUCCUUCAGAAUAUGCCAACAGCUGACUGUCCAUCAGAGUAUCCACACUGGGGAGAAACCCUAUGAAUGUAAGGAAUGUGGGAAGGCCUUCAGAUUGAGGCAACAGCUUGUUCGCCAUCAGAGAAUCCAUACCCGUGAGAAGCCCUAUGAAUGUCUAGAGUGUUGGAAGACCUUCAGUAGUUACUCCCAACUGAUUUCACAUCAGAGCAUUCAUGUGGGUGAGAGACCCUAUGAGUGUGAAGAGUGUGGGAAAGCCUUCAGACUGUACUCACAGCUCACUCAGCAUCACAGUAUCCACACAGGUGAGAAACCUUAUGAAUGCAAGGAGUGUAGGAAACCUUUCCGACUGCUCUCACAGCUCACUCAGCACCAGAGCAUCCACACGGGUGAGAAGCCUUAUGAAUGCAAGGACUGUGGGAAGGCUUUUAGACUUUAUUCAUUUCUUUCUCAACACCAGAGGAUCCACACUGGAGAGAAGCCCUACAAAUGUAAAGAAUGUAAGAAGGCCUUCAGACAACACUCACACCUCACCCAGCAUCAGAAGAUCCACAGUGGAACUUAAGCAAAACCUCAGUUCUAUGUCAUGGGGCAAAAUGUCAGGAAAUCCAUUUUUGAGAAUAAUUUAUUUCAUGCUUAUAUAAGUAAGC